AUGGCUUCCUCAUCAUCUAACGUCGUCGGCGUGCACUACCGGGUCGGCAAAAAGAUUGGCGAGGGCUCAUUUGGCGUCAUCUUUGAGGGAACCAACCUGUUGAACAACCAGCAAGUUGCCAUCAAGUUUGAACCUCGAAAGAGCGACGCUCCCCAGCUGCGAGAUGAAUACCGGACAUACAAGAUUCUCGUCGGCUGUCUGGCAGCCGGCAUUCCCAAUGUCUAUUACUUUGGCCAGGAGGGCCUCCACAACAUCCUCGUCAUCGAUCUCUUGGGCCCCUCGCUCGAGGAUCUCUUCGACCACUGCGGCCGGCGAUUCACCAUCAAGACGGUCGUCAUGGUCGCCAAGCAGAUGCUGUCGAGAGUCCAGACGAUACACGAGAAGAACCUCAUCUAUCGUGACAUCAAGCCCGACAACUUCUUGAUUGGCCGCCCCGGCACAAAGGCCUCCAACGUCAUCCAUGUCGUCGACUUUGGCAUGGCCAAGCAGUACCGCGACCCCAAGACGAAGCAACACAUUCCCUACCGCGAGCGAAAGUCUCUGUCCGGCACUGCCCGUUACAUGAGCAUCAACACCCACCUCGGCCGCGAGCAAUCCCGACGAGACGACCUCGAGGCCCUCGGCCACGUCUUCCUCUACUUUCUCCGCGGCGGCCUUCCCUGGCAGGGUCUCAAGGCUGCGACCAACAAGCAGAAGUACGAGAAGAUUGGCGAGAAGAAGCAGACGACGGCCAUCAAGGACCUCUGCGAGGGCUUUCCCGAAGAGUUCUGCAAGUACCUGACCUACGUCCGCAACCUCGGCUUCGAAGACACCCCCGAUUACGACUACCUGCGCGAGCUCUUCACCCAGGCCCUCAAGAACGCGGGCGAUGUCGAGGACGGCGAGUACGACUGGAUGAAGAUCAGCAAGGACUCGGGAAAGGGGUGGGACUCGAAGAACCACAGCGCAGCAUACCUGCACAACCCAAACGUUCGCCCGGGCCCCUCUCAGAUGGAGCUUCACAGUGGCCAUCGCCAGGGGAAUACCACUUCUCACCAGCAAGCACAGAACCUUACCGUCGGCCGCUUAAACGCCGCGCAACCGCCCCCUCCUUCCCCGAUCAAGCAGAUGGGCAAGCAGAGAGACCGGCCAAGCCCCCCCGGCGCCAUUUCGGCACAGCGGGCCAGCGGGGUGGGCGGCCUCCGCGAAAUGGGCACCCCGACUGGCUCUACCCAAGCACAGUUCCAGAACAGCACUCAGAACCUGCCGCAGCAGAGGGUCCCACAGCAAAGCCCCAUGGCCGCGACCGGCCAGCAUAACGCGCGGCCCUCGGAGCCCCAGCCCAGCGGGUUCCAAAAGUUCAUGAAGACCAUCUGCUGUGGUUAG